AUGGUUCUCUCCGUCCAUGGCAAGCACGCGCUCAUCACCGGAGGUGGUUCGGGAAUAAACCUCGCCUUUUCCCGCCUCCUUCUCGAGAAAGGCUGUUCUGUCAUCAUCGGUGAUCUCAAGCUCACGGCGGAAGCCGAGACGUUGCUGUCGAAAUUCCCGCACCCGCCUCGCGACGGACAGUCGGCCUCGGUCGUCUUUCAACAAACGGACGUCACGUCAUGGCCACAGCUGAGCGGGCUGUUUGCCGCCGGACUCGCCGCCUUCCCCACGCUCGACAUCGUCGUGCCCGGCGCCGGGCUCUUCGACCCGCCCUGGUCCACCUUCUGGCAGGCGCCUCGGACGGCAACGAACCCAGACUCGCCGUCGCGGGACGAGGCUGACGCGCAGGUCGGGCACUACGCCGUGCUCGACGUGAAUCUCGUGGCACCGAUACGCAUGAGCCAGUUGGCCAUCGGUCACUGGACGCAGAAGAAGGAGAAGGGGUGUCUCGUGCACGUCGGCAGCGUGGCCGGGUACCUCGCCGAGGCGGCGACUCCCUUGUACUUUGCGAGCAAGCACGGGCUGCACGGCUUCGUGCAGUCGUUGGAGAAUCUGAGGGACGAGCUGGGGAUCCGAGUGAGCUGCGUCGCGCCCGGCCCGGCUCAGACGCAGAUUUGGUCCAAGGACCAGGAUAGGGCGGAAGAGAUCCUGCAGGAUUGCCACUGGGUCACGGUCGAGGAGAUUGUGCAGGCCAUGUACGAGCUCGUCGUGGCCGAUGAGUACGGCGACGGCACAAUCCUCGAGGUGACGCGCGGAGCGACGAGGGUCGUGCCCAAACACAACGCGCCGCCGCCGAUGCCGGGCUCCGUGUCGAUGCCCGGCAUGGCAGGCUUCCACAAGAAGCUGUUUGACAGUCUGCGGACCAAGGGUUUGAUGGUGUGA